AUGGGUAUUAUUAAAGAUAUGGACACUGGGUUUGAGGAGACACUUCAAAAUGAAGUCACACUCCAGCUAGUUGAACUCCCAGGAGGAGCUGCAAGGCAACAGUCAACUCCCCCAUCCAAGAGGCAAUUUUUUGGCAGGAAGAAGUUCCAACUUCAGGAAGCAACAGUGACCCAAACCUUUUCCCCAUUGUUUUCAUUUACCUGGAGCCCAGAGACACGAAUCCGUCUCUCAACUUCAGACUCUGACCAUGAACUCAGUGUGGAACGAUUUGUUCAGAUGCAUGCCAAUUUGCAUUAUUCCAACUUGAACACUAAGAGGGAUGUCUCAGAAACCAAAGUAACUAACUGUAAGGAAGAAAAGCAAAAUGCGCAAUGUGGUCUAGAACAGAUUUGCCAACAGGAUGACUAUGGACAAUGUACAACCUUCAAGGAUAUGGUUAAAUUUGGAGGCAGUGGGAGCCGCAAGCGGGCUUGCCUAAAGAGAAGGUGCCCAUAUCUAGCUGUAAAGGAGGCAGAAGAGGAUGAAGAAGUUAAUGAGAAUAUUCCUACAACAGUACGACUGAAGCAAAUGUUCCAAGAGAGGAAGAAGAAACAGAACAAGAAUGAGAUCUCCUGGAUUGGCACUCCAAUCAAGGAGGGAGAAAGAAACUACUAUAACAAGAUAUCCAUUAACUCUGAAAAACUGGAAGUUGGUGAUGGUGUAUCCGUUAGUCCUGAUGACCUCACUGAACCACCAUUGCUAGCUAGAAUUACUUCACUAUGGGAAGAGAGCACAAGACAGAUGUUUCAUGCUCACUGGUUCUGUUCUGGGAUAGAUACUGUCCUUGGGGCAACAUCAGACCCUCUGGACCUCUUCUUGGUAGAUAUGUGUGAGGAUAUGGAGCUCUCCUACAUCCAUGAGAAAGUGAAUGUUAUUUAUAAAGCACCCUCAAAACAUUGGUCCAUGGAGGGGGGGUCAGAUAGAGAGCUCAAAAUGGUUGAAGAUGGUGGCAGAACCUAUUUCUACCAGAUGUGGUAUGAUAUGGAGUAUGCAAGGUUUGAGACUCCUCCAGAGAGCCAGCCUAUGGAGGACAACAAGCACAGGUUCUGUGCAAGCUAUGUCUGUGAGUCUGAAAUGAAAGAAGAGAAAAUCCCCAGAGUGUUGGAACCUCUAGAAGAAGUCGAUGACAAAAUAUUCUAUAGCCUGGCAAUGAAAAGUGGUGUAGAAUAUAGGAGAAGAGAUGGAGUUUUCUUACUGCCUGAGGCUUUUGAAUUUUUAAUCAAGCCUCCAGUUCCAAUCAGGGACUUGUAAGAAGCGGUGAAUGAGGACGAACACCCAGAAUACUAUCGAAAACAGUUAGAUUGUAUUAAAGGCAGCAACCAGGGUGUCCCUGUGCCAUACAGCAUUGGCCGAAUCAAAGAAAUCUUCUGUAACAAACAAAGCAAUGAAGCAGAUAUCAAACUCGGAAUUUACAAAUUUUAUAGACCAGAGAAUACCCACAAAUGUGCGAUAAACAAGAUUUGGGAAGAUAUCAACCUAUCAUACAGGAGUGAUGAAGAAGCUGUUGUGGAUUUUAAAGAUAUUCAAGGUCCCUGUGUUAUAAAGUAUUGGGAACCCAUGACAGAACCUUCUGAGAAAUAUUCUAUCAGUGACUCGGAACACUUUUAUUUCCAAGAGUCCAAAAUCUUACUGGACUCAUUUCCGUUCUCCCACAGCUACUGUGAUUACUACAGGCCGAAGUUUCUCCUGCUGGAAAACGUAAGAAACUUUGUGUCAUUCAAGCAUUCCAUGAUCCUGAAGCUGACCCUCCGAUAUCUGGUUCGAAUGGGGUAUCAGUGCACAUUUGAUAUUUUACAGGCUGGCCACUACGGCAUUGCUCAGACAAGAAGAAGGGCCAUCAUCCUGGCUGCAGCCCCAGGCGAGAAACUCCCCAAGUUUCCAGAGCCCUGGCAUGUUUUCACACCCCGAGCCUGCCAGCUCAGCGCAGUGGUGGAUAAUAAAAGAUUUGUUAGCAAUAUAAAGAGGCUGCAUUCUGCUCCAUUUCGAACAAUGACCAUCCAUGAUGCAAUGUCAGACCUUCCAGAUAUCAAGAAUGGUGCCACAGAAGAAGAGAUUGCUUACAAGGAAGAGCCCGAAUGUCGGUUCCAGAGACCACGACGUCCCGAACCUGACGGAGAGGGACCCAAAAGGGCCCGUCCCCGGCCUGGGGGCCCUGUACAGCCAGGCACCCGCGGCGUCGGGCCACAACCCGACUUGGGCCGUGCCAUUGUCCUUGGGGGUCUCUCCAAAGAACUGAAGACCCCUCCCGUGCGCGAACCGGAGGCGGAAGUAUGGAGGUGGGGUCUGAGUGUCCCACGAGACCGGCGUAAAAACGGGCCGCCGGUGUCGUCCCGUCUGCGCGAACAGACAAAAAGUUUAGGGCGAAGAGCACGCGGGCGAGGUCUGGGGUCGACGGUCGACGAGGGAGAUGCCGAACUCACGGCAGAAGUCCUCGAAGGCCUUUGCGACAUAGGCAGGGCCAUUGUCCGUCUUGAUCUCCGUAGGAACGCCGAUGUGUGCGAACGCCUGGUAGAGAACCCGGGAGCCAAUGUGCGUCAUGUCCAUCUGCCAGAGAGCGUUAGAACUGUCCCCUCUGGGGUUGCGAGCUCUUUCCGGGAUGCGGGGGUGAAAGGGGGCGCAAGAGGCACAAGCUUUGACAAUGUCUCUGGCCUGCUGUCGAGAUAUUCCGUACAGAUGACGGAGAGAUCGGGGGGAGAGGUGCCAACGGGAAUGGGCCAAUUGGGCCGGAUCUUCGGAAACCUCAUCCGCGACAGCAAGGAAAGUCUCAGGCGGAGACCGGAGGGCGGCGUCCACAACAGCAUUCCCCGAAUAGAUGGGGCCCGCGGUCGUCCGGUGAGAGUGGACAUGGAGGAGGUAAACGCGGGCCGAACGAGUCUGCAGAGCCUGUUGGACCUGCGUAUCAGGGAACAACUGGAGCGCCUGAAGGAUCGCCCACAACUCACUGGGCUGCACCGAGGGAUAUGGAGAGCGCAGUCGCAAGCACUGUUGCAAAUGGGGGAUAUACAGCGCCACUCUGUGGUCCUUAGAAGCAUCGGUAAAAAUCUGGGGCCCCUGUACCGGUUGCGGGCUCACCGGGGACGGGGCGAGGGAGAUGGGGAAAAGGGGGAUGGUCUCCAAGAGUUUGGGCAAAGGGCCGCCGCCCACCGGGACGUCAAGCAGUGUCACCGCCCACGCCCAGGACGCCUGCAUCAGUUCAGGAAGGACGGGAACAAGCGCGGACGUGGCUCGAGCAAUGAUGCGAUGCAGUGCAUCGCGGGCUGCAGGGGUCCAAGCUCGAGGAGAUUUAAGGAAAUGAGUGCUUUGAUGAGCGCUCAAAUAGAACAGAUUCCCCGGAAACCAGGGUCAAACUGGCGAGACCUUCCUAACAUCCAGGUGCACAUCUCAGGUGGCACUGUGAUCAAGAAACUCCGCUAUAACCAUCAUGAUAAGAAGAACCCCUUCAAAGGGGUUUGCACCUGUGCCAACGGUAAACCAUGUGAUCCUGCAGAUAGACAAUCCAACACCUUGAUUCCAUGGUGCCUGCCCCGCACUAGGAACAGGCACAACCAUAGGGCUGGGCUCUAUGGAAGGUUGGAAUGGGAUGGCUUCUUCAGCACUGCAAUUACUGAUCUUGAACCCAUGGGUCAUCUGGGUUGAGUACUUCACCCAGAAUGUGACCGAGUAGUGAGUGUGAGGGAGUGUGCCCGGUCCCAAGGAUUCCCAGAUACCUACAGAUUUUCUGGCAGUACUUCAGAUAAACAUAGAUAGGUGGGUAAUGCAGUGCCUCCACCCCUCGCCAAAGCCAUAGGCCUGGAGAUCAAGCUCUGUGUGUUGGCCAAACUGAAAGAGAAUGCCAGAGGUAAAAUGGAAGAAGAGAAGAGGGACAGAACUAUCGUGGACUACUUUUCUUAA